UCUGCAGGUCAUUCGACACACUGUUUGUCCACGAUGGAGUCGAGGAGUCACAAACUGAGGGAACCAUGCUGAAUUUCCGUACUUCCGGUAGAAGAAAAUAGCUCGGUGUUUUGAGUGCGACGAAUCGAAUAUGUUCCUCGGAAGAGCUCUUAUCUUCUCUUAUUUGGCAAGAUCAGUGAUUUCCUACUCCGAUGGCGAGCGCCUGGAUCUCAUCGAUGAUUGUUGCGAAGGACUCUGCGGGACUAUCGAUGCGCCAAUUGUCAUCAACUCAGAGGGCUUGGACAAGAAAACGGAGGAGUUGUCCUCCAUGAGAGUCACGUUUGGGGAGCAGAAUUUCGCGGGGGAGUCUGAGCGUCCUUACUGCUUCAUCCACGCUUACUCGCUAGAUUACGCCAUGUUGAACUUGAGUUACUCCCUUGGACGAUCUGAGAACUCCGAAGAACUAGUAUAUAUCAUGGAAUCGUUUCGUGUUCUCCCGAAGCAAACAGAAAGCAACUCCGAAACGGCCGAUGGAGAAGAGCUGAGAACACUCGGAGAAUCAAGAGGAUACGAGGAGUGGGGUCCAUCGGUUUACGCCGGAAUCUCCUCUAAUAAGCUUGGCACCCGACAAGUUCAUCUCAACAAAUUCCAAAUGCAGAACUAUCGGAUUCCGCCGAACCGAUUGCUCACAAUAGCAAUCAGGGUCGAGGCGUUGAGGGACAAAAUUCUUCGAAGAUUCGAUGCAUCGAUCGUUGCCGACAAAGGCACUUCUGGGAGAGUAUUUUUCAUCAUACUCGGCGUGGUGGGAGCGUUUUUCAUGAUCGGUGUGCCUGGCUCGUUUCUCUGCUAUAAACGCUACUUCAGGAAAAAGAAGGAACGCCGGACACAGCACCUUGGCCAGUCAAUGCAUUUCACCAGGAAUGCGGACGUGGUUCGGUACCGGACGAACAAUGAGACUGCAGACAGAGGUGUACAACGGGAUAUCAAGCAGGAAAAUCGCGCUGCAGCCUCCGCUUCGUCCGCCUUACCAGCUCAAUUCAGGAGGCUCUCUUUGUCAGAGAGAAUCUGGAAAUCGAGUAAAACCAAGACUGAUCCAUACAUUACCCCGAUUCUACCGAAACAUGAGCUAUUGAAGAAACAAGAGCAACUCAUGGGAGCGCGGAGGCCGAUCAUCGCGGUGAGUCCUGUCCAGCAGAAAUCGGAAUUCGCUUUCCCAGGAAUUGAUCCUGGACACGAAGGGGAUAGUCCGCCACAAACUGUCGAGAGGGCUCUGCAAACCUCACGAAAUAGAGUAAUCAGUCACCGAGUGAUAAGCGAAGAAGAAGUUUACGAUGAUACCGAUACACCCAACACUUCAAUGGCCGGAAGUUGGACGGAAACGCUUUUCUGA